UUGCCAGUCAUCGACUUCACGAAUAACCGCUACUGGAUACAGCAUUGUUACUCAAGGAUUUCCACAUAGUAUUCAUAAUGCUUGAGGACUGCAGAACUCGGUUCCAAGAUCCGCAUGAGAAGUUCCUGUACAUUCAUCGCUUUAUAAGUAUAGCGAGUAGUAUACUACCGGACAACAAUACUUUUUCUCCCUUCACAAUGUCUUCCUGCAAAGCCGAAACUGUGGUCACUUUUCUUUCCACUAUGAUAUCACCAGCUUGGCUCUCUACACUGCUGGUCGUCGUCUUCCUCUCUGGCGGUGCUUUUCUACGCAUUAGCAUUCCCCCGUUAUCGCCAAGUACUGCCGUCCGGCACCUUGCAGCUAGCAUCGACAAAGAAAUUACCUUCUUCGAUACACACGCGGGGGAGUUGGGAACAUUUAAUGGCAAGCUUCGAUCACUCAGGUACAAAUCACUCGCCCUGUCUCGAGAGUUGCGUCAGGCCGACGAUGCGUUCUCGUGGAUCGACAAGGACACAUGGUUGAGAUAUAUCUUCAGGCUGAAAAAGAUUUGGAAUAAUACGCGGGACCAUCAGCGUGCACUCGACGCGUUGGGGAAACGUAUGCGGGUAUGAUUUCAACUUGAUGCAAUUCUCUCUUCCAUUGCCCUCAUGGUGGUACAAUCAGGAUGUUAUUUUCGCCAAGGAAGAGGAGAGGUCGCGUGCAGAGGCAGAGAUUGCACAAAAUACGGAAAUUGUCGCCGUGUUUGAUAUGCCAUAUCGGGUUCCUGCAGUACCAUAAGACUCACAUUCUUGAUGGUUAGAGUCCAACUUUCCUCCAAAAAUAUACCCUUGCAAGUGACAUCAUCUUCAAAUCGUCUUUGUAUUUUCUCGCUUUCCUAUUGUCGCUGCUCUGUGAUUAUCUGUCGCAAUAAAUCUUGUAAUUCAAAGUACUUAUUAUUAGCCUUAUAUAUUUUUUUCAAAAAAGCAG